AUGGACCUCGAUUCUCUCCUUGCUCAGCGAGUACAUCUUUCUUGUCGAUGCUUUAUCGAUGAAGAGGAGGAGACGGUUCACUUUGGUGGUCGGAGAACGGUGGAAGUUGCCGAAGGGUCAGCGCUGCAUCAAAAGAGCAACGCCGUCGUCACUUCGUCGGCAUCUAAACACUUCCCAAUGUCAACAACACCGGUAGAUCGUCCACGCCUUUCCUGCCAUCGUCCUCGUACCUCUGUCUUCGUUGAGCAGCUCAUAAAGGCUACACAUCUUCGAAGCCUCAAACAAACGACCAUAUUUAUGCCUCAGCCUCGUCGCCGCGGCGAUCCCAUCGCCAUCCCGACCUGGGACAAUAUGGGCCUGCGUGUCGGCGACACACAGUGCUCUGAUUGCGACUCAAACCCAAGCCACAUUCUGACGCCUUGUGGACAUACAAUCUGCAACGAACACUUCCUGCAGGAUCCUGGCGAAGAGCUUGCUGUCCGCUGCGCAUUGUGCCUGAAAGUGAUUUCCGUGUACGAGCUGGCCGAGGACGCCGCUAUCCCGAAGUUCCAACUUCUGCCCGCUUGGUUUCACGACUUGAGACCGUCUCCAACCAGCGCAACCAGCAGUGUCUGGAACAGCCAUUCAUCCCUUCAGUUGGCUUUCCAGGCUCUUGACGCCAGUGUUGCUGAAAACAUGCGUCGCCCUACAUACGUUCGUGAUAUUUACCGUGCUGAUACUCCUCCUCCCGCCGGAAACGAGGCCCAGCUUGGUGUCACCAACCGCGGCGCCAUCAACAACAUCUCCAUGAAUAGUGUACAGCGUACCAUGUCACCUCAGGCUCCUGUUGAACAGGCUCAGCAGUCGGGUCACACUCGCUUCCCUUCCUUCAACCCCACCAGACCUGUAGGCGCCAACUUCCCUCAAUACGCCACUACCAGCCCGGCUCAGAACGAGCGAAUGCAGUCUCCACUCGACCAGACUCAGCAGCGUCCAUCUGGCCACACACAGGGCGCUUCAAACAUACAUGCUCCACAGCCUAGCCUGUUCAAGCCGUCGCACGCCUUCCGCGAGCUUGCAACCCCUACACCUGAGGCCGAAUUCGCCUACCAGCAGUCUAACAGCGUUCAGCAGAGUCCUGACGCCGUCAAGCGCCCUGAUCCCAGAGGGUUGAUGUCGCCUGUUCAGAUGGAUCGUCCUUCGGCCGUUCCCACCAUGCCCAGCGCUAUGCGCAACAUGAGACAACCCGCUCCUACCAUGCGCGGCACUAUGCCUCACGGCUUCAGCAACAACGUCACUGGCGGUGGCGGUAACCUCACCAAUGGCACUCACUUGAGUAGUUUCAACAUGAACAGCUUCAAUAUGCCGGCUUCCAACCAGCACGGCUCUUUCACGAACAGCUUCAGUAUGCAUGGCUCAAACAUGAACGGUCCUCAAAUGAACCGCUCUCACUUGCAGGAUCCUCAGAUGUACGGCUCUCAGAUGGGUCGUUUCCCUAUGUCUGGUCAGCAGAUGAACCCUCCUCAGCAGAUGUACAACCACAUGCCUGGUUUCAUGCCCCACAACCCACGCAUGCCUGCUCUGCCUACUCAGGCUGAUCCUUUUGUCGAUGCCCGCCCACCUGUCUAUGCCCAAGGUCCAUUCAUGGCUCCCAACAUGUACUCACACGCCUUUGCCGCUGGCCCUCAGCCCAGCCUUCCUGCUCCAGUGAGCAGCCCUAUGAGCCGCGUUGGUACUGCCUACAGCCGGGACCGCCGUCCUCAGCAGACCAACCACCGAGUCAAUGCCCCUCAGCAGGCCCAAGCCCUCGCUGCUCGCCUCGCUGCCGCUAUCAGAUCUGGCGCUCUUGCCCACCUGGACCCUAGAUCACCACCUCAUGGCCCCAGAUUGCACUCUCCUGGAGUUGAGAGACGUGACAACGAGUUGCUUCUCCAGCAGCCUCUCAUCCAGCCUCCUGUCGUCCGCAGUCAGACUGUCAUCGCACCCGAGGUUCGUCCUGAUCCUGCCUGGGUUGAUCCUGACGACCACGUUCUUCCCAACCUCGGUGAUGUGUAUGAACACAUGCCCUUUGUCGACACUGCUGCCGACUCUCGUCCUUGCACCAACGGUGUCAUCAAGAUUGGCAACAUUCCCUAUGGCACCACCAAGAAUGAGGUCAUCGCUGCUCUUGGUCGCAGCACUCGCAUCGCUUCUCAGCCCAAGGGCACUGCUUACCUUGCUAUUCACAUCAUCAUGGAGCGCUCGACUGGCAAGACCAUGGACGUCUACGUUGAACUAGACACCGUCGACGAGGCCAGGCUGGCCAUCGCCGGCUUCCGCCAACGCUGCAACAACAACCGCCAACCUCGCAUCGGCGACCGCCAUGUUGAAGUCGAGCUCAGCAGUCAGGAGGCUCUGAUGAAGGAACUCUUCCUCCGCGCCAAGUGCGUCAACUGGUCAGGCCAGACCCCUCACAUCUACGAAUCCACUGAGGCCUUCAACUCUGGCUUCCAGGGCUUCGUGACCAGCGAGGAAAUGGUCAUGAUCACCAAGCAUGCUGAGACUCCUCAGCGCUCGCCAUUCGCUCUUCGCUGCGUCAACCGCACCUACGAGACUAUGAUUUCCAUCAUGCACAAGUAUCCUUGGUUUGCUGUUGAGUACAUUAGCAUCCGCGAGCGCACUGCCAUCUUCUCCUGUGCUUUGGUUCAGCUGCGCGUGCUGGUCAACGCAGUGUCUCGCAACACUCACCCUCAUCUUUUACACAGAGGUCUGCUGCAAGAGUAUCUUACUGCCUGCCUGGGCAAUGCUGGCUUCAGUGUUCAGCAGAAGGGAUACAUGGUUAACUGCAUCACCAACGAGGGCUAUGGCUCUUUGCUGUCUAUGAUUCCCUACACUCCCGUCGACCUCAUGACUGGCAGUUGGUGGGCUUUUGAGGUGUUGAGCAAGAACCCUGCUUCCUCUGAUCCUCUGCUGACCUACGUGGUCUCACUGCUCUGCUCAGCCACCGACCCCAACAGCGACUUUGCUCGCAUCGCUGCCAUGAACGCUGACAUCACUGCCUCUGACUCAGCCAUUGCAGUCGUUGAUGACGACACCGCCGCCAUGUCUUCGUUCGGCCACUUUGCUGUCAAGUACCCUCAGCAGAACAAGGAGAACUGCACACUCAAGACCGCCGCAGAGGCCGAGUGGAACGCUCUGCACGAGGCUCUGAGCCGCGUUCUGCCUUGCUCUCCUGCCCUCACUUUUGGCGAGUGGGGCGGUCAGCAGCAGGUUGCUGGUGCCGAGGAAGACCAGGAUACCUUUGAAGAUGGCGGUACGAUGGCUUUGCUCGGUCUCUGA